AUGGAAGCUUCAUCUUCUGGAUCUACAAUUUCAUCAGUCACUGGUGGAAAAGCAAAAACCCAUCAGCCAGUAGCUAAGGAUGUCAACAUUUUUUUUGAUGAGUUAGAAGGUGUAAACAGCCCUUCCAAAGAUGAUGAUUCCCUGCUUCACCAUGGUAACUUGACCAGUACUUCUGAUGAUGCCAGCAGGCUGGAAGUUGUGGGAGAGGAGGUACCUGAUAAGAACAAAACCAAUGGACUAUAUUUUAGAGAUGGGAAAUGUCGGAUUGACUACAUCCUUGUGUAUAGAAAAUCUAAUCCACAGACAGAGAAGAGGGAAGUAUUUGAGAGAAAUAUCAGAGCAGAAGGACUUCAAAUGGAAAAAGAAUCAUCCCUAACAAAUAGUGACAUCAUCUUUGUGAAACUGCAUGCUCCUUGGGAGGUCCUGGGCAAAUAUGCUGAACUAAUGAAUGUAAGAAUGCCUUUCAGGAGAAAAAUCUAUUACCUGCAUCGCCGAUACAAGUUCAUGAAUAGGAUCGAGAAACAGAUAAGCAGGUUCCGAGGAUGGUUACCCAGAAAGCCAAUGAAACUGGACAAGGAAACACUGCCAGAUCUGGAGGAGAAUGACUGCUAUACUGCUCCAUUCAGCCAACAAAGGAUCCAUCACUUCAUAAUACACAACAAAGAUACUUUCUUCAACAAUGCUACAAGAAGUAGAAUUGUACAUCAUAUCUUACAAAGAGUGAAAUACGAAGAAGGGAAAAACAAAAUUGGUUUGAAUCGAUUGCUCAGUAAUGGCUCCUAUGAAGCUGCAUUUCCUCUUCAUGAGGGAAGUUACAGAAGUAAGAAUUCAAUAAAAACCCAUGGAGCAGAAAACCACAGACACCUGCUCUAUGAGUGCUGGGCUUCCUGGGGAGUGUGGUAUAAAUACCAGCCACUGGAUCUUGUAAGGCGGUACUUUGGUGAAAAAAUUGGGCUGUACUUUGCCUGGUUAGGCUGGUACACAGGGAUGCUCUUCCCAGCUGCCUUCAUUGGAUUGUUUGUCUUUUUGUAUGGAGUCACCACUUUGAACCACUGCCAAGUCAGUAAAGAAGUCUGCCAAGCUACAGAUAUCAUAAUGUGUCCUAUAUGUGAUAAAUACUGCCCCUUCAUGAGGUUGUCAGACAGCUGCAUUUAUGCCAAGGUAACCCACCUUUUUGACAACGGAGCUACUGUCUUUUUUGCUGUUUUCAUGGCAGUGUGGGCCACUGUUUUUCUGGAGUUUUGGAAAAGAAGGCGAGCAGUAAUUGCUUAUGAUUGGGACUUGAUAGACUGGGAAGAAGAAGAGGAGGAAAUACGUCCACAGUUUGAAGCCAAAUACUCCAAGAAGGAACGAAUGAACCCCAUAUCUGGGAAGCCAGAGCCUUAUCAAGCAUUUGCAGAUAAAUGCAGCAGACUCAUCGUUUCUGCAUCUGGAAUAUUUUUUAUGAUCUGUGUGGUGAUUGCUGCUGUUUUUGGCAUUGUUAUUUACCGUGUUGUGACUGUCAGCACUUUUGCUGCCUUUAAGUGGGCUUUAAUCAGGAAUAACUCUCAGGUUGCAACUACAGGAACUGCAGUGUGCAUCAACUUUUGCAUCAUCAUGCUACUGAAUGUGCUGUAUGAAAAGGUUGCUCUUUUCCUGACAAAUUUAGAGCAGCCUCGCACCGAAUCGGAGUGGGAGAACAGCUUCACUCUGAAAAUGUUUCUUUUUCAGUUUGUCAAUCUGAACAGCUCUACCUUUUAUAUAGCAUUCUUCCUUGGGAGAUUUACAGGACACCCUGGUGCCUACUUAAGGCUGAUAAACCGGUGGAGGCUGGAAGAGUGCCACCCUAGUGGAUGCCUUAUUGAUCUCUGUAUGCAAAUGGGUAUUAUAAUGGUUUUAAAGCAGACAUGGAAUAAUUUCAUGGAAUUGGGAUAUCCGCUAAUUCAAAACUGGUGGACCAGGAGAAAACUACGGCAAGAGUAUGGCACACAGGGAAAAACAAGCUUCCCACAGUGGGAAAAGGACUAUAAUCUGCAGCCUAUGAAUGCUUAUGGACUCUUUGAUGAAUACCUAGAAAUGAUUCUUCAGUUUGGGUUCACGACCAUUUUUGUGGCAGCUUUUCCACUGGCACCACUUCUGGCCUUACUAAACAAUAUUAUUGAAAUUCGGCUUGAUGCUUACAAAUUUGUUACUCAGUGGAGAAGACCUUUAGCUUCAAGAGCCAAAGACAUAGGCAUCUGGUACGGGAUCCUGGAAGGCAUUGGAAUUCUUUCUGUUAUCACAAAUGCAUUUGUUAUAGCAGUGACAUCAGAUUUCAUCCCUCGCCUUGUUUAUGCUUACAAAUAUGGACCUUGUGCUGGCCAAGGAGAAGCAGGACAAAAGUGUAUGGUUGGCUAUGUUAAUGCCAGUUUAUCAGUAUUUCUGGUGUCUGACUUUGAAAAUCGUUCAGAGCCAACAUCAAAUGGAAGUGAAUUCUCUGGUUCACCAUUAAAAUAUUGCAGGUACAGGGACUACCGAGACCCUCCUCACUCGCCAGUGCCCUACGCUUACACGCUGCAGUUCUGGCACGUCUUAGCAGCACGCUUGGCUUUCAUCAUUGUGUUUGAGCACCUUGUCUUUUGCAUAAAGCAUCUGAUCUCCUACUUAAUUCCAGAUCUUCCAAAAGAUCUUAGAGAUCGAAUGAGGAGAGAAAAGUACCUGAUUCAGGAAAUGAUGUAUGAAGCUGAACUAGAACGCCUGCAAAAGGAGCGGAAGGAAAGGAAGAAGAAUGGAAAAUCAUAUCACAAUGAGUGGCCGUGAUAGGAUGGGGAAGAAACUGCUUAAAAUAAGAACUCUUGUUUAUAAAAAAAUUCCUGGUUUUCUACAGCAGAGAGUGCACUGAAA